AUGAGCGGAAUCUCGGAGCUAAAAGACGAAAUCGUGCGGAACAACAACGAGGUUGCCAAACUCGCCGAUAAGGUCAAUGCGGCAACCCCGAUGCGAAUACCAGCUCGCGAUCGUCCUGCUAAACGUCGUCGCAGUGACUCGGAAACCCCGAAUAAACCGAUUACUGGCACCAGACUCGUCGAUAACCCCGAAAACCUUGUGGUCGGCACCCCGCCCAAGCUAUUCUGGGUGUACCUCUCGCGUUUCCACCCUACCGUGACCUCUGAGGUUGUCGAGCGGCUUGUUCGAGAUGGUUUACAAAACCAGGAGCCGGUUCGUGUAAUUUCACUGAUGAAAAAGGGGGCCGACCUUCAAUCGCUCAACUUCAUUUCGUUCAAAGUUGGCAUUCCCCUGGCAACUUCCUUCGACUGCAGCUCCAUCGUUGACCCCUGCAGUAGAGGGACCAUAGUUCCCGUAACACCGACGACACUUGACUGCACCGAGUUUCUACUGGCCGACUUCUGUCAACUCGACGCUACUGCCAUCUCCAAACGACCGAUUAUUUCACCAAACAUGACACUGGGACGCACUGUUGUUAGUAUUAUGGAUACCCCCGACCCCCCCACCGUAGUCGCGCUAUUGCCGCCAACGUUCAUCAGUCGUUCCGGUCCUACGCAUUUUCAUGUUCCGACAUCGGUCCUUACUGAACGACACGUUGAUGACGACACCCCAACUGCUGAACUGACAUUCCACCAGAAUGACCGUGACCUCAGACAUCCGCAUGUCUCCUCGCCCAACGUGAUACUGGGACGCACUGCAGAUGGAAUUAUGGACGCCCCCGAACCCCCGCCGCAGUCGAGCCCUUCCAGCCAGCGACCAGCAGCCGUCCCGGUCCUGCUGGUGGGUGUAGGGAACGGGGCCUCCAGAAUCGCCUUCCAGAACGUUGGUGGUAUGAACACGAGUGUUGCUGACUACCUGCUAGCAUGCGCCGACAGUCCGUACGACAUAAUCGUGCUGACCGAAACCUGGCUUGACAACCGUACGUGCUCUCGGCAGAUAUUUGGGCCGAACUACGAAGUCUUUCGCUGUGAUCGAAGUGUGCUCAACAGGCGCAAAGCUACGGGAGGCGGAGUCUUGAUUGCGGUCCACCGCCAGUUGCAGACCUUCGUCAUCGAAAACGUCGAGUGGUUACCGGUCGAGCAAGUAUGGGUAAAUAUCAAACUUUCAGACCGUAGACUAUUCUUGUGUGCUAUCUACGUACCUCCUGACCGUAUCCGAGACCCGGUUAUUCUGAAUGCACAUAUUAAUUCAGUUAACCAAAUAGCAUCGAUGGCAUCUGCGUCGGAUGACAUUAUUAUUCUGGGCGAUUUCAAUCUACCAAGCAUUAAGUGGCGAGAACGCGGCAACGGGUACCUGUACGCUGACAUGGGUUCGUCAACUCUAUCGCCUAUCAAUAUUGAAUUGCUCGAUUGCUAUAGUACUGCAACCGUUCAACAAGUAAAUGAUAUACCCAACGAAAAUGGGCGCCUCAUCGAUCUAUGCUUUGCCAGUGUUCGUAGUCAGGCCCCGGAAGUGACGAUGGCGCCUACCCAGCUUGUCAAGCAUGUUCUGCAUCAUCCAGCUCUGCUAAUUACUACAAGCCAACAAAUUAUCCGUGACGUAAAUAUUGCGCCUCCGGCCGUCUUCUACGACUACGCCCAUGCUGAUUUUGGGGAUAUUCUAAAUGUUUUAAGCAGCAUCAACUGGAGCACAGUUUUAGAUAAUGACGAUAUAAACACUGCUGUCACAACCUUCUCCAAUAUCUUGAACUACGUUAUCGAUCGUCACGUUCCCAAAAGAACUGCUCCCGCCCAGUACCAGAUACCCUGGCUAAACACUAUGUUGCGACGUCUCAAAUCCGAAAGGAAAGCGGCUCUAAAGAAAUUUACGAGGUACAGGACCCUACCCCUCCGGAACCACUACCUGCCGAUUAAUACAAGAUACAAACGCCUGAGUCGUUUCUGCUUUCGAAACUACCUGAGAAAUGUCGAGCGAAGAUUGAAGCGUAACCCUAAAUCUUUUUGGAAAUAUGUCAACAAGCAACGGAAAGAUGACGGUCUACCCUCGGUUAUGUUCUUGGGUGAUAAAACGGCGAGCAACUCUCAGCAAAUUUCUGAACUGUUCUCGAUGAAAUUCUCCAGUGCAUUUACUGAUGAAAGUUUGACGAUUGCAGAGAUAUCCAUAGCGACCGAGUGUGUUCCUUUCCUGGGUCAUUCAUUGAACAACCUCACCAUCGACGAAGUGAUGGUUACAUCGGCCGCCGCGAAGUUGAAACUUUCUCGACCCGUUGGACCGGACGGUAUACCUCCUGUGUUCCUGAAAAAAUGCAUCCACGCUAUCGCUGCUCCAAUGAGCCAUCUUUUCAGCUUAUCCGUUAACUCAGGUGUCUUUCCCUCAGCAUGGAAAUCGGCCUACAUGUUCCCUAUGCAUAAAAAGGGAAAUAGGAAAAACCGGAUCAUGUGGACGAGGGAGAUGAACAUGUAUGUGAUCCGCUGCUACUACGUUUGCACGAGGUUGGAGACGGAUAUGUCCGGCAGGCCUAGAAUGCUGGACAUGUUCAAUGAGCGGUUCCCUCGAUUUGCCAACCAGCUUGACCGGAAUAAGCUGUACACCCGACGACGAGCAAUAUUGACAAACAACAUGCUCACUACCGCCGAGUUAGACAGCAUCAAGCUGGAAGUGCAAAGGGAACUAGGGAGUACAGGGAACAGAUCGAGCGAUGUGUCGAGUAGGAGUUCUGUUGGGCACGAUGCAGCACGGCGGGAAUCGACUGCAUCCAUAAACAUGUCAGUGGAGGAACCAUCAUUGCAUGCUCCAGAACUAACAAUGGACCAACAACGACAACAAUUACUUGACGAACUAGCUUUCGAAAUGAACGCAGCGGUUACACAAUUUCGGGGAACAGACCCCUUAUCCCGACACCGGAUACCAAAGCUGCAAUAUUCCUUCCGGCUAACGAAUGCAGUAAGAAUCCUUAACGAGGAUGUUUUGCCACUGUAUACUGAAACCGCUGAGAACCUUGAGGAACUGCAAUGUAUAGUGUAUUCCGCAGCUGUAGCCGUUGUGAGAACUAUGGGAGUACAGACCUUCCCCCCAGGUAAUGGUGAGGCCCAUGUACGCCCCCAAACACGAAAACCCGCAUGGAUGCUACGACUAGAAUCUAGGAUAGCAUCGUUGAGGGUGAAGAUAGGUCGGUUAACACAAUACAAGAGGGGAAACCGAUCAAGAAGGCUGGUUCGUCAGGUGAAAGAAAUCGUAAAGCCCGCAGAGCUCCUAAAUCUCAGUGAACUCAACAUCACUGAGAUCCUCGACACCCAUGUACAAAGGUUAAGUGCUCUUGCUAAACGGAUGCGACGUUAUGUUGAAUGUUCAAAGCGGAAACAACAAAACCGGAUGUUCAACACUAACGAAAAGGAGUUCUAUAACCACAUCAGCAAUAACAAAACCGAUUACAGCGAGGGACUCCCAGAACUUGGCGAAAUUACACAGUUUUGGGCCAAUAUAUGGGAGAACCCCGCUCAACACAACAAUAAUGCGAUGUGGUUGGUAGAAGAGGAAGAAGGCAGUGGUGAAAUUGAACGCAUGGCCCCCGUAGCAGUGACCGCCGAGGAUAUCCACGAGGCUACACGGUAUACCAGGAAUUGGGCCGCACCAGGACCAGAUUUUGUGCACAAUUUUUGGUAUAAAAAGUUCUCUGCAAUCCAUGGGCGGAUGGCGGAAUGCUUCAACACGGUACUAAGAAACCCCCAGGAGCUGCCAGAAUUCAUCACUAAAGGGGUAACCUAUCUUCUACCCAAAGAUCGGAACACAACUAAUCCCGCCAAGUACAGGCCAAUAACAUGUCUUUCAAGCCUGUACAAGGUGCUCUCGUCGGUAAUCACCCAAAAGGUGCAGUACCAUUGCGAUGCAAAUGGAGUGAUGACUGAAGAACAAAAAGGAUGCCGUAAAAACACACAAGGCUGUAAAGACCAAGUCAUCAUCGAUGCAGUCAUUGUGGGACAGGCAAGCCGAAAUAGGCGAAACCUCAGUAUGGCGUACAUCGACUACAAGAAGGCAUACGAUUCAGUACCCCACUCGUACCUAAUUAAGGUACUAGAAUUGUAUAAAAUAGACGGUGGCAUCAUCAGGUUAAUGAAGCACGCAAUGGGAAUGUGGAACACUUCACUCCACACUACCGACGGGAUAGAGGUGUUACGAUCCAGAACUCUCAGCAUAAAAAGGGGGAUUUUCCAAGGCGAUACAUUCAGUCCGCUAUGGUUUUGCCUUGCGAUGAACCCCCUCAGCAAAGCACUUAACCGAAGCAGCUAUGGCUACCAAUUGAAAAGUGGGACAACGAGUACAAUAAUUACCCACACCUUCUAUAUGGACGAUCUGAAGCUGUUUGCGGAAACUAUGGAGAAGCUGCGUCAUCUGUUGCAGCUGGUGACAACGUUCAGCAACGAUAUUCGGAUGGAGCUUGGCGUCGACAAAUGUCGUCUCGUAAAUAUCCAUCGGGGUAAAGUAAUGGACGCUGAAAGUUUCCGCAUCAACGAAAGGGAGGAAAUUCGAAGUAUGAUUGAAGGUGAGUCGUACAAAUACCUGGGAUUCCUGCAACUGAAAGGUAUUCACCACACGACUAUCAGGAAAGAACUGCAGGAACGGUUCCUGUAUCGUGUCAACCGUAUUUUGAAAUCACUCCUCUCUGCCGGCAACAAAGUAAAGGCGAUAAACACGUUUGCCGUGCCUUUGUUGACAUACAGCUUCGGGGUGGUUAAAUGGACCAAAACGGAUUUGGAAGCGAUUGAACGUACCUUGCGAGUAUCGCUAACCAAGCACCGUUCGCACCACCCAAGAUCGGCAGUCGAAAGAAUCACCUUACCACGCAUGGAAGGAGGAAGAGGUGUCACUGACAUCCAAGCGCUAUGCGUAUCCCAGAUCGAGCAGUUGCGGAGAUAUUUCAUAGAUAGUCAGACUCGUCAUGUUGUCUACCGCACUGUCUGUGAAGCAGACCACGGGUUCAGCGCCCUGCAUCUGGCGCAGGAGCAUUACCAGCUGAACUGCGACCUAAAAACCGUACCAGAAAAGGUCGAAACGUGGAAAGCAAAGGAACUACAUGGGACGCACCCCCAUCAAUUAGAGCAAGCGCAUAUAGACAAAGUGGCAUCGAAUGCGUGGUUGGUGCGAGGUGAUCUCUUUUCGGAGACAGAAGGCUUCAUGGUAGCCAUUCAGGAUCGGGUUAUUACGACGAAGAACUACCGCAGGUACAUAUUGCACGAAGAUAUAGAAGACCGUUGUCGAAAGUGCAAUUCAGUAGGGGAAACGAUCGAGCAUGUGAUUGCAGGCUGUCCAGCCUUAGCCGAAACGGCUUACCUAGGACGCCACAAUGCAGUUGCCAAGAUUGUGCACCAGCAACUCGCCUUGAAGCACAACUUGGUAAACUGUUACGUACCCUACUAUAAGUACCUGCCUAGCCCGGUUCUGGAAAAUAGCUGCAUAAAGUUGUACUGGGAUCGUGAGAUUAUUACGGACGUCCUUAUACGUGCCAAUCGUCCUGACGUUGUGAUCUACGACAAAAGGAGGAAGUACGUUACCCUCAUAGACAUCGCUGUACCGCUGGAUCGCAAUGUCCAGUCAACAUUCUCGGCCAAAAUAACGAAAUACCACGACUUGGCCGAGGAGUUAAAGCAGAUGUGGCACCUUGAGGGCGUACGUAUAGUUCCGGUGGUCAUCUCAGCCACCGGAGUAGUGCCCUGUAGCCUACAACGUUCCCUGGAAGAGCUAGAGCUCCAAAAAAAUUUGGACAAUAUCCAAAAAGCGGUGGUUCUUGAAACCUGUAAUAUUACGAGGAGGUUCCUGAAUCACCACAAUUAAACACAGCUGGAGCA